AUGGACUCGGACGCCAGCCUGGUCUCCAGCCGCCCGUCCUCCCCGGAGCCCGAUGACCUCUUCCUCACGGCCAGGAAUAAAAGCAGCGGCGGGGGCUUCACGGGAGGCACCGUGUCCAGCUCCACGCAGAGCGACUCCCCGCCGGAGCUGAGCGCCGAGCUGCGCAGCGCCAUGAGCGCUGCGGGGGUGGUGGUAGUGGACAAGCUGGGCUUCAAGUCCUCCUCGUCCUCUUCCUCCUCGUCCUCGUCCUCUUCCUCCAAGAAGGACAAGAAGCAGAUGACAGAGCCGGAGCUGCAGCAGCUGCGGCUGAAGAUCAACAGCCGGGAGCGCAAGCGGAUGCACGACCUGAACAUCGCCAUGGACGGGCUGCGGGAGGUGAUGCCCUACGCCCACGGCCCGUCGGUGCGCAAGCUCUCCAAGAUCGCCACGCUCCUCUUGGCGCGCAACUACAUCCUCAUGCUCACCAACUCCCUGGAAGAGAUGAAGCGCCUGGUCAGCGAGAUCUAUGGCGGGCACCACGCCGGCUUCCACCCCGCCGCCUGCCCCGGCGGCAUGGGUGCCCACUCCGCCCCGCUGCCCGGUCACCCAGGUCACCCCGCUUCGCACCCCGUCCACCACCCCAUCCUGCCUCCCGCCGCCGUUUCCAGCGCCUCCCUGCCCGGCUCCGGCCUCUCGGCCGUCAGCUCCAUCCGACCACCCCACGGGCUCCUCAAGUCGCCCUCGGCCGCCGCCGCCGCAGCCGCCGCCGCCCCACUGGGCAGCGGCUUCCAGCACUGGGGGGGGAUGCCCUGCCCCUGCAGCAUGUGCCAGGUGUCGGCCCCGCCGCACCACCACGUCUCCGGCAUGGGCACCGCCAGCCUCCCCAGAUUAGCCACCGACACCAAAUGA